GUUCUUCAACUUCUUGUUAUAUAAGGAAGCUGGUGCCACAUAGGAGAGAUCCUCAGGAAGGAGCCAGGGCUGAUCCUCGCAAAUCACUUGAAGAUCCCCAGAAAGGAGAUAGCAGCUGAUUCUGGGAAGGGCCCAAGGAUCACCAGGAAGGAGCCUUCUGGACCUUGUAGGAUAGGAGUUGGAACUACAGACAAGGAGCCAGACAGUGAUGGUUCAGCACUUCUUUCUAGAGGACCUUCAGAUGCAGGGAGACUGGAUCAAAGUUUGGAAUGGCCCGUUUGCUGAUUUAGUGACUUCCUCUCCACAAGAUCUCCAGUAAAUGGCCAACAUGCCUCACCGGACCAUUCAUCUCUUCCGGAAGGGACUUCGGCUCCAUGACAACCCAACUCUGCUGGCCGCACUGGAGUCCUCGGAGGUUGUGUAUCCAGUCUACAUUCUGGAUAGAAAGUUCCUGAUGUCUGCAAUGAAUAUGGGAACUCUGCGCUGGCAUUUCCUGCUGCAGUCUCUCGAGGAUCUGCAGAGGAACCUAACUAAACUGGGCUCUUGCUUACUGGUUAUUCAAGGAGAGUAUGAGUCGGUUCUUCGAGACCGUGUUAAAAAGUGGAACAUUACCCAGGUGACUCUAGAUGCUGAGAUUGAACCAUUUUACAAAGAGAUGGAGAGGACCAUACAAGCUCUGGGGGGAGAGAUGGGAUUUGAUGUGCUUUCUUUGAUGGGCCACACUCUGUAUGACAUCAGACGGAUUUUGGACAUGAAUGGUGGGACUCCCCCCUUGACAUACAAAAGAUUUCUUCAUAUUCUCUCUGUACUCGGGGACCCUGACAUGCCUGUACGAAACCUUACAGCUGAGGAUUUCCAGAGAUGUAAGCCUCCUCCUGAGCUGUGCCUGGCUGAAGAUGACAGGGUGCCCCUCCCCGAGGAUUUGGACAUCCCCCGAGAGAGCCAGUCCCCCUGGAGAGGGGGAGAAACUGAAGGGCUACAGCGACUAGAACAACACUUGAAAAAUCAGGGCUGGAUAGCAAAUUUUACUAAACCAAGAACAAUUCCAAAUUCUCUGCUUCCAAGUACUACUGGACUGAGUCCCUAUUUCAGCUUGGGCUGUUUGUCAGUUCGGAGGUUUUUUUAUAGAUUAUCAAACAUUUAUGCUCAGUCAAAGAACCACUCUCUGCCACCUGUAUCACUUCAAGGACAGCUUCUAUGGCGAGAAUUCUUCUAUACUGUGGCAUCAGCAACACCAAACUUUACCAGAAUGGCGGGGAACCCCAUCUGCCUUCAGAUCAACUGGUACCAGGAUGCAGAGAGACUCUACAAGUGGAGAAUGGCUCAGACAGGGUUUCCGUGGAUUGAUGCUAUCAUGACUCAGCUUCAUCAGGAAGGUUGGAUUCACCACCUUGCUCGACAUGCUGUUGCCUGCUUCCUGACUCGAGGAGACCUCUGGAUCAGCUGGGAAGAGGGCAUGAAGGUGUUUGAAGAGAUGCUGUUAGAUGCAGACUACAGCAUCAAUGCAGGAAACUGGAUGUGGCUGUCAGCCAGCGCUUUCUUCCAUCAGUACACACGCAUUUUCUGCCCGGUCCGCUUUGGCAAACGCACAGAUCCAGAAGGGCAAUAUAUCCGAAAGUACCUGCCCGUGCUAACGAAUUUUCCUUCCAAGUACAUCUACGAGCCUUGGACAGCACCCGAAGAGGCCCAGAAGCAGGCAGGAUGUAUUAUAGGUCAAGAUUACCCACUUCCUAUGGUAAACCACAAGGAAGCCAGUGACCGUAAUCUGCAGCUCAUGAAACAGGUCAGAGAAGAACAGUAUGGAACAGCACAGCUCACAAGAGAUGACAUGGAUGAUCCAAUGGAAAUGGGGCUAAAGCAUGAACUCUCUGAAGAAAAUCCAAAGAAAGGAAAACGUGCCCGGAAUACAGAACAGACAUAGAUUCUGUAAGGACUUACCAAGAUCUGCAGAAUGGCAAAGAGAAGAUCCAGACUUUUGUUGGGGGAAUCAUGUAAAUAGUUAGUGAUUGUACUGGAUGAAUGGCUUGUACUACAUUGAAGCACAGUUCGGAACAUUUAGUGUGCACCGGCACGUUCUACACGGACCAACUAAUGCGUAAUGCAGUGCACUUUAAAAAUCCCACUCCCACCCCAGCGUUUACAUUACUGCUCUGUGUAGACCAGCCCUAAAACUGCACUUGGUUGCGUGUGCCAACCCUACCUGUCGGCUCACAGUGCUUGAUUCAGCAAUGUGUACUAAUGUGCAAGUGGAAAUGUUAAGCACGCAUGCAGUCCCAUUGGUUUCAAUACGACUACCCGUGCACUUAAAGUGAGACAUGUGCUAAAUACCUUGUGAAACGGGGGCUGCCACCCAGUUUCGUAUAGCAGCACUAUGUGCCGUCACAGUAAGUUCCUGCAAAAAUAUGGGAUAGUGAUUUUUUUUAAACUGAAUGCAAGCAAAAAGUCACUUUAAAUUGAAAUAUUACGUUUGUGACAUUUCGAAGAGAAAUAGAGUAGCCCAUUGUCUUGUUGGGGGUUUUAUUUGGGGAGGAGGUUGGUAGUUUUUUGUUUUAAAUAGAUUUUUGUUGUUGUUGUUGAAUUUUCUGACUUACGCAAAGUGGAGUCCACAGAACAAUCCACCAUCAUGCGCGGUGUCCUCCUGUGUCUCUGGGACAGCUCCUUGAGGGACUGGUGGGAAGGGCAACUCCAGCGGCAAUCUGGCAUCUCCAAGUUCCUUCACCCCAAAGAGCCCAUGAACCUUGUAUGGAAAUGGCAUGAACCAUGACAAUCAGUGGGCCAUGGAGAGAGGUCAGACAUUUCUGGUGAUAAUGCUGGAUCAUCCAGUGGCCUUUGACAAUGCUCAUGACAAGACGUUGCUGGCACAUCUGCAGGACCUGGCAGGAAUGAAUAAAAUCCCAUAGCUACACAGGCCUGAAGGGGAUCAGUCCUGUCACCUGUGCUGUACAAAGUCUACAUGAAGCUGCUGGGAGAAGAGAUGGCAUGCGGAUGGUAUUCAGCUCUAUGGUUCUUCAUCAGACACAGUAGUUGCCAGGGGACCUGGAUGAAAGCCAGUUCUCUAAAGCUUAUGUGGGAGAAGAUGGAGGUGCUGCUCAUUAGCAAGGGAAAGUAUUUUUGAGAGGAAGCACUGGUGCAAUUUGUUACUGCUCCAUCUGCUCAGAUGUGGUCAACACCCACAGUCUUGGGGUUUAGACUCCUCACUGCUCCUAGCCGUACAAACUGCAUUAGUGUCCAGAAAACCUUUGCCAACUGCAGGUGGAAAUGGGGGCUUGGAUGUGGAUCUUGCCUCAUCAUAGUCAAGGUGUCGUGGGGCGACGACUCACUGGUGCAGCGCCUCCUGUUGGUCGUCCUGGGAAUCAGCCCUUCCGGCCAGGAGUGCCCUCUGCAGCCAGUGUCUUGCCUGCCGCUGGCCCCCGUGUCCCUCCAGGACCCCGGUGCCCUCCUCAUCCGGGUUCCACCCCAGCAGUAACCCACAAUCCGAGUCUUCCCACCCAGGGGAUCCCCCAACCCUCUACCCCCACCUUGCCUCAGUGGCCACUGCCAGUCACCAUCUAGCCCCCACUCCCUGGGGCAGACUGCAGUCUAUGAACCACUCAUCAUCGGCAAGGGGGGUUGGACCAGCUGCCUCUGCCUAUCUCUGGGCUGCCCCUCUGCAGCCCCAGGACCCUUUCAUAGGCCUUUCACUAGGCCUUCAGCCUGGGGCUUUGCUAGGCUGGAGCUCCCCAGCUCCCUCUGCCUUUCCCCAGCACUGCUCCACCCUAGGUACCCUUCUUAGCUUCCCAGGCAGCCAGGUCCUUCUCUCUCUAGGAAGCUAGAGAGAGUGUCUGUCUUCACCUUUGGCCCACAGCCCUCUUAUAAGGGCCAGGUGGACGCUGAUUAAGCUGGCCACAGAGCUGCUUUCCCAAUCAGCCUGCUUUUCCCAUUCACAGCCCUCUCCUGGGCUGCUUUAACCCCAUCAGGGCAGGAGUGGGGUAGUCACCCCACUACACAAGGUGUCAGUCAUUACUCACAAGCCCCAUAUGGUCUGGACCUAAAAUCUCACUAUCUAAAAGAGCACCUUUCCCUCUCUGACCUAUGUUUAUCAAGAGCACUGUAACUAACUGUCUUAAAGGUGACACUUGGGAUGGCCAGAGGUAGGACCUUUAGUAGCAGUUCAAUACCUCUGAAAUUCAUUACCACCAGACAAUGUAUUGUUAUGCCAACAGGUGCUGAUCUCAUACACAUUAAAUCAUUGACGUACAGAUGCUCCCUGGGUUACGCAAGACCCGACUUAAGCAAAUACGCACUUACGGAAAAAGUUCCCUAAACCAGAAAUAGGAUUUUUGAGUUGUGGAAAUUUUUGCGUAACGUAUGGGUAUAUGUUUCCAACUUACGCAAGGCUUUCCGGAACGGAACGAUUGCAUAAGUCAGGGGGCGUCUGUAUAGGCACCCAGGAUGAAACUCUCCAAAGAAAGCGUUAAAAUUAACCAUCUAGUCAUUGUACCCGAGCAGCUAGUAAGGGGAUUGUGUGGGUUAAAACACUCUCUUGUGGGCAGUUUAACACUUUCUGAAGUUCCUUUGUAUUGUAAAGCAGUUGCACAGAAGGAGGGUUGAUGCCCACACUCACCUUUUGAGGCUAUGUAGUGCUAGGUGAGCAGGUUUAGACAUGGAGGUUCCCAGGUAAAGCCCAGAAGCUGAAGCAGGAGCAAGGAACAAUGUAUUGAGCACAAAGAUUCCAAAAGAAAUGGAGACCCGAGACAUGUGCUUCCUGGUCACAAAGCAGUGGUGUUUUAGCUGAAGUUUCUGCAGGAGGCAGUUACCCUUGUAGAGUUUGUGACCACUUGUUCAAGGGAACAGGACUUGGGAACAGGUUGUAAAUAAA